AUGACAGACAAACAAAUGGAAUUGUAUUAUCAAACAUUUCAGGAAGAAUCAAAAAGUCGAAUUGAAUUUAUUCAGAAAGAAUGUGAUAGAAUGAAAAAAGAGCUUAAUUUAAAAGAUGAAGAAAUACAAGCAUUAAAGAAGGAAAAUGAGAAAUUAAAACAGGAAAGUGAAAAAGGUCACAAACCAAAAGUUUGUGAUUUAAAAUUGACAGAAGAAGAAUUUAAAUAUUUUAAAGAAUGUAUUAUAAAUGUUGGACUCACUUAUGAUGAUAUUAAGGAUUUGGAAAUACCAUCAACAUACAGUUCUGAGAAAUUAAAAAUAUUCUUAGAAAUGAUAAAUAAGACAAAUAAAAAUUAA